CGGCGCCUGCGCCGACAGGCGGGGUGUCGGGGGGCGGGCGGGGAAGCAGGAGGCGGAGGCUGUGGCCAUGGCGUCCGAGCGGCUCCCCAGCCGGCCCGCCUGCCUCAUCGUGGCUAGCGCCGCCGCCCGCGGUGUGUCGGCCCACUCAUUCCUCCACUGCUUCACCAUGGGCAGUGCCGCCUUCAACUUGCAGGUGGCCACACCAGGAGGGAAGGCCAUGGACUUUGUGGGCGUGAACGAGAGCAACAUGCGCUGGAUCCAGGACUUCCGCAUGAAGGCCUACGCCAGCCCCGCCAAGCUGGAGUCCAUCGAUGGUGCCAGGUACCAUGCCCUGCUCAUCCCCAGCUGCCCCGGGGCACUGACUGACCUUGCCAACAGCGGGUACUUGGCCCGGAUCUUGGAGCACUUCAGCACCGAGCAGAAGCCCAUCUGCGCUGUGGGGCACGGUGUGGCCGCCCUCUGCUGCGCCACGGAGGACAAGGCUUGGGUCUUCCAGAAUUACAGCCUGACCGGGCCCCCCGUGUGUGAACUCGUCCGGCAGCCUGGCUUCGGUAGCCUGCCCAUCAUCAUGGAAGACUUUGUGAAGGAUGCGGGAGCCUGCUUCAGUGCCAGCCAGCCGGACGCUGUGCACGUGGUCCUGGAUCGGCACCUGGUCACGGGCCAGAACGAGGCCUCCACGGUGCUCGCAGUGCAGAACCUGGUGUUCCUGUGCGGCAGCAGGAAGUGAGCAGAGACCUCGGACCCUGGGGCCCCCCCAAGGAAACAGCUUCAGCCCCGGCUUUGUGGCUUCCCUGCGUUUCCUCCUGUGAGCCCAGGAGAGCUGGGGGACUCUGGCAGUGCCCAGGCAGUGCUCUGGGCCCCAUCCCUGGCAGGUGCUCUGUGCCCCAUCCCUGGCACGUACUCUGGGCCCCAUCCCUGGCAGGUGCUCUGGGCCCCCAUCCCUGGCAGGUGCUCUGGGCCCCAUCCCUGGCACGUGCUCUGGGCCCCCAUCCCUGGACAUUUGGGCCUUCUUAGAACAACUGGACGAAGCCGCUUCCUGACACUGUGCUAGGGCAGGGGGUCCUUGGCCUGACUGGGCUCGUGCCUACCUGAGGACCAGAUCCUGGGGGGUGUGGAGCCUGUGAGGGGGGCGGGGGAGGGGGGAGAAGGGUGCUCCCCCUCAAGUGCUUCCUUCUGGUUAUUUAAGAAUAUAGGGAGGAGCCUAGUCGGUCACCCAGAAACUGCCCCCUGCGGGAGCGAAUGGAAACAGUGGGGACAGGGCCCCAGAAGGCAGAGCAGGGGAGGGCCUUCCCACAGCCGCCCCCAUGCCCAGCUCCCAUGGGCCACAGCCCACGAUGGACCCCUUCUUCCUCCCUCCCUUAGACCCCUGCCCUAGGCAUCAUGCCAGGCUCCCCAUUCCCACUCCUCCUGCCCCAGGCGCCAAGGCCCACCCGUUGUGCCCAGUCUCCCCUCUGACCCUGCCCCCGGACUAUGACCACAGCUGCAGCCUGCCUCGGUCUCCCCUCCAGUCCCUCUCCGGCCUCCAAAGUGACUUUCCUACACUGGAGGUCCCGCCGUUAUCCCCAUUGUUGUCCCAUCUUGUGGGGGCGUCUUUCCCCCAAUUACAUGUUGUUUACAGUCCACGUUCUCCCCCCGGCUCCCAGUGAGCCCUGGGCCAGCCCUGCGGGACGUCCCCUGUCGUCACUCAUUUUGCACAGGACUUGGUGAAAACCGAGGUGGGGGCUUGGCCUGGACCGUCCCCCCCCCCCCCUGGGCAGCAGUGCGCCCCCCAGGGUAGGGGCGCCUUGGCACCGUCCUCCAGGUUUGUCUUGGGUUGUGGGGGUACAAGGAGAGCCAGGCCAUUCCCCAGGGUCGCAAUCACCCCGGGGCUCCCCGUGAGCCAUGUCCUGCUCGCUCUGCAUCGGCUCCUGCAAGUUUUUGCAGAUUGGUUUGUUAUUGGCACUGGCUCCCCAUGGCCUCCAGGAGCCAAUAAAAACGACUCUGCUUGGCAUUUGGAGCCGUUCCUGACCUGCCCCCUCCUCCCCGGGCCCGGAGCACUCUCCUCCCUCCCUGGGCCUGGAGCACUCUUCCCCCCUCCCUCCCUGGGCCCGGAGCACUCUCCCUCCUUCCUGGGCCCGGAGCACUCUCCCUCCUCCCUGGGCCCAGAGCACUCUCCCCGCUCCCUGGGCCCGGAGCACUCUCCUCCCUCCCUGGGCCUGGAGCACUCUCCCUCCUCCCUGGGCCUGGAGCACUCUUCCCCUCCCUGGGCCCGGAGCACUCUCCCUCCUCCCUGCCUUCCCCAGGAAGCCUGCCCUGCUUGGUGCCCUAACUGGAUCUGUCCCUCUGCCCCCACCCCCAGCCGGGCCCGGGAGCACAGGACGGCUUUGUGUCCCCACACUUGCUCAGGACAGGACUUGGCACAACAGCAGGUGCCGAAUAAAUGUUUAUUGACCAGAAGCAGCGGAUGAGCUGUGAAA